AUGGCUCUGCGCGUACCACAGUCGGCUGGCCCUCAGCUGUUCAAGGAGGGCUACAAGAACCUCCAGGGGCUGGAAGAGGCGGUAAUCCGGAACAUUCAGGCAACCAAGGAAAUGAGCGAGAUUACGCGGACGUCGUUUGGACCGAACGGGCGCAACAAGAUGGUGGUGAACCACCUGGAGAAGCUGUUUGUGACCAACGACGCGGCGACAAUCAUCCGUGAGCUGGAGGUUGUGCACCCGGCAGCCAAGCUGAUUGUGAUGGCCAGCCAGCAGCAGGAGGCCGAGGCUGGCGACGGAACCAACUACGUGAUCAUUUUUGCCAGCGAGCUGCUGCAGCGGGCCGAGGCGCUGCUGCGCAUGGGCCUGCACCCGUCAGAGAUUGCGCGCGGCUACGAGCUGGCGCUGAAGGAGUCGCUGGACGCGCUGGAGGGUCUGGCAGUGGACGAGAUCAAGGACUGGAGAAGCAAGGACGAGCUGCUCAAGGCGAUCAAGACGGCGAUCGCGUCGAAGCAGUACGGACAGGAGGACAUCCUGGGUGCGCUGGUGGCCGAGGCGGUGGUGACGGCGAUGCCGGCACGCGACCACUCGCGGUUCAAUGUCGACAACGUGCGUGUAGUCAAGGUUAUGGGCGGCGGCCUGAGCCAGAGCCGCGUCGUGCACGGUAUGGUCUUCCCGCGGUCCCCUGAGACCGUGUGCCGGCGGGCCAACUUUGCAAAGGUGGCGGUGUUCUCGUGCCCUGUGGACAUGGGCCAGACCGAGACCAAGGGGACUGUGCUGCUGCAUAACGCCAACGAGAUGCUGGACUACACCAAGGGCGAGGAGGCGCAGAUGGAGAAGGUUGUGCGCGAGCUGCAUGACGCUGGUAUCAAGGCGAUCGUGUGCGGAUCGGGCAUCGGCGACCUGGCCAUCCAUUACCUGAACCGCUAUGAUAUGGUUGCUGUCAAGUGCCCGUCAAAGUUUGAGCUGCGUCGUGUGUGCCGGGUCCUGGGUGCCAACCCGCUGGCGCGCCUCGGCGUUCCUAUGGCCGAGGAGAUGGGAUACUGCGACGAGCUGCGUACCGACGAGAUCGGCGGCGACCGCGUCACAAUCAUCCGCCAGUGGUCGGCUGACGAGCUGACAGCCAGUGGCAGGGCCGACGAGCGCCCGGCCUUUGCCGAUCGCAUCCAGAAGUCGCCGCUGGUGACGAUUGUGCUGCGCGGCGCUACUACCAAUGCCCUGGACGAUGCUGAGCGUGCGGUCGACGACGGUGUCAACGUCAUCAAGGCUCUGACCAAGGACUCGCGGCUGGUGCCGGGUGCGUGUGCGGCCGAGAUGGAGCUGGCCCGCAUUGUGCAGGAUGCCGCCGACAAGACCGCCGGUAUGAACCAGCACGCAAUGAAGGCGUUCGCGCAGGCGCUGGAGGUGUUUGCGCGCACGCUCGGCGACAACGUCGGUGUGGACAGCACAGCGCUGGUGGCCAAGCUGAUUGCUGCCCACCACUCGAAGACCGGCGAUGUCGCGGGCCCGACCAUCGGCAUUGACGUCGACUACGAGCACGAGCCGCGGGUGCUUGAUGCCCACAAGGCGGGCAUCCUCGACCCACUGGCUGCUGCGCUGACCGUCCUGCAGAUCGACCAGAUCAUCAUGGCCAAGACCGCCGGCGGACCCAAGCUGCCCAAGCAGCAGGGCCACUGGGACGACCAGGACUAG